GGGACGUGGGAGCCUGGUGAGCCAUCUGAGGCGUAAAAACCUGACGAUCCGGCUGAGGCCUGACGUGGGAUGUGCGCCUGCCGAGCCAACCAUGGCAAGGAAACCUCUCGAGCCGGCUAGGGCAUGGACGCCCGACGUUCCAGCUAAGGAACCCCCGGUUCCAUCGGCGGCAGCCACCGGACCCGCGGUCACCACCAACCGAAAAGACAGCACUCCCCAUUUGAUGGCUGCUGCAUUCUGUAAGAACCGACGCUGGAUAUGAGAAGCAAGUACGAGGAGUCAACAUUUAAUUUGGAACGGACAUAGAACAGGACAGGCACAGCGCCAGCACCGGGUAACAUAAGGACAUACGCCAAUAAAUACAGCAGCGGGGAACAGAGCUGGAGAACUGACAAAUAUAGGGAUCACCUGUAAUAAAAGUCCAGGUCCCCUGUGUGUGUUUAGUGCCAGAGAUCCACCAUGAGGCUCAAGGCAGCCCUUCCUAAGCUGGAGCUCUACCUGUACGCAGCGGUUCUCUACCUGUCUCUACUAUGGGCUGGUACCUGGAUAUGGGACGCCUCCGCUGACAAUGUGAACAGGAAGGUGUUCAAGAAGAGCGUGAAACCAGGAUGGCACUACUUCGGCAGGAAAAUGGACGUUGCUGAUUUUGAAUGGGUGAUGUGGUUCACAACAUUCCGUAAUCACAUCCUAUUCGCCCUCGCCGGUCAUGUGAUCUUUGCCAAAGUCUGCUCCCUGAUAUCUCCCAGGAUUGGUAUGGAUGAUUGGUAUUGCAAGCACAGGUCGUUGAUCUAUGGGUUGUACGGUGGCUUGGCGGUGUUGGUCAGUAUGGGCGGGGGCUUCCUGGCUCUGGUCCUUUCACACUGCUUCAUCCUCUACAGCGUGGCUCUGGUCAAGAGGAAGUGGAUCGUCUUUGUCGCCGGUCUCGCCAGCCUGGCCACCUUCAAGAUGGAACCUUUUAAUACCUGGCAGGAAGGUUUCGUGACGGGCUACUUCGACCUGCAAGACAUCCUGUUCUAUGGAGGAUCCUGUUUCACCAUAAUGCGCUGUAUGAGCUUUGCUCUGGAGAACUGUGAGAAGAAGGACGGCAACUACACCUUCAUUGACCUGCUCAAAUACAACUUCUACCUUCCAUUCUUCUACUUUGGACCUAUCCAGACUUUCGAUCAGUUCCAUGUUCAGGCCAACAACCCUAACCUGACCCGUAAGCAGAGAGAGAUGUGGAACAUUACCACCGGAGCUUUGUUGCACCUGGGAGCCAUUUUGGUGGUGGACGUGUUCUUCCACUACCUGUACAUCCUGACCAUCCCCAACGACAUGAAGCUGGUCAAGCAGCUGUCCGACUGGUCUUUGGCUGGUCUGGCCUACUCUAACCUGGUGUAUGACUGGGUGAAGGCAGCGGUGAUGUUUGGGGUGAUCAACACUGUGGCUAGACUGGAUCAUCUGGAUCCUCCUCAGCCUCCUAAGUGUAUCACCAUGCUCUACGUGUUCGCUGAGACGCACUUUGACAGAGGCAUCAAUGACUGGCUGUGCAAGUAUGUUUACGACUACAUUGGAGGAAGCCACACAAAUAUCUUCAAGGAGCUGGUGGCGACCAUCUGUACGUUCGUUGUGACCACUUUGUGGUUGGGUCCAUGUGAGCUGGUCUACAUCUGGUCGUUCUUCAACUGCUUCGGUCUCAACCUGGAGCUCUGGGUGGACAAGAUCUUCUCCAUACCUCCCUUCUCCAACAUCGAGUAUGCCAUAGGUGAGGCCAUGUCUCGUAGAAUCAGAGCCGUCUUCGGCGCCCUCAACUUCUGGACUAUCGUCCUCUACAACAUCCUGGCUCUCAACAGUCUGGAGUUCGCCAAGCUGGUGGGAAAAAGACUGAUCGUCCAAGGUUUCCCUCUGUCCACCCUGUCUGUACUGUUUGUGACCUACUGUGGUGUUCAGCUGGUGAAGGAGAGGGAGAGAAAACAAGCCUUUUUGGAUGACCCCGAGCCAGCGGCCGUGCCCCCUACACCCCAAGGCAUGCCUGAGGAGGUCGGAAAAAAGAAAGCUGAGUAAACGCACAAACAAGGAGAAAACUUAAUUUGUUUUUUUGAGGACCUGGUUUUCACAUCAACAGUCAACAACCCCACCCCUCGCAACCCCUGCCAAUUUCAUAUUUUUACACCAUUGAGCUUCCAUACUGUACUGAAUCGUACCAGACUGUCACAUGUCACAGGUAAUCAUCGUCGUGGCAACUCUUCUACUACUACUACUACCAAGUUGUCACCAUGACAACUACUACCCUACCACUCUGUUGGUUUUGAAAAAACAAAGCAUUAUUUUAUUAUUUUUAACUGUGAAAAGUCCUGAAGUGCACUUGCUGUAGAUAUUCACCAUCUGACAUGUACCCUCGUCCUUUUUGGUACAUACACCGAAGGUACAUUUUGUAUAUUCAUAUUAAAACAAAAGAUGGAUAUCAGGAAAUUGAAGAUAGACAUGGCAAAUAUUUUAUGCCGACGCAGCUAAUAUAUUGACAUCAUAAGUUCUUAUUCAGAGCGACUUACAGUAGUGAUUGUAUCCGUUUUUUGUACCGGCCCCCCCGUGGGAAUCAAAUCCACAUCCUUGGCAUUGCACGUUGUUGUCAAACACCUCUGAGCUAAAUGUCUCUACAUUUUGUUCAAGUGUCUUUUAUGUGUGUUUUUAAUGUACCAAAACUAUUGCAGUAAUACAAAACUGAAACCUCA